ACAUAUUUUGAUGGAGGCUAAUGAAGAAUUAAAACCCAUUUUACUAAAGAAACACUGACGCUAUUAUAAAGGACUUUGGAAUGUAGCAGCAGGUCUAACAGGUUUAGGCUCCGCCCCUUACCUGACACACCUGAACUACAGCAGGAAGCAGUUUGUGAUCGUUGGUCCCUGCAGAGACUCACAGACGGAUCAGAUCCACCUUCAGACCAAACCAGCAGCUUCCUCUGAGUGAGUCCAGCUGCAGGAGAGGAACCUGGAGACCUCCAACACUGCUGCUUCAAGCUGCUCCACACACUGAAGCUUCACUCAGAGACUAAAUGGCUUCCAGAUUAGAGGAGGAUCUCUGCUGUCCGGUCUGUCAGGACAUCUUCAAAGAUCCGGUUGUUCUGUCCUGUAGCCACAGCUUCUGUAAGGAGUGUCUGAAGAACUGGUGGAGAGAGAAACCAGUACAAGAGUGUCCAGUUUGUAAGAGGAGAUCUUCAAAGGAUAAACCACCCUGUAACCUGGCUCUGAAGAACCUGUGUGAGACCUUCUUACAGCAGAGAGACCAGAGAUCUUCAGAGGAUCUCUGCAGUCUGCACUCUGAGAAGCUCAAACUCUUCUGUCUGGACCAUCAGCAGCCAGUGUGUGUCGUCUGCAGAGAUUCAGAAAAACACACCAAGCACAGAUUCAGACCCAUCAAUGAAGCUGCUCAGCAACACAAGAAGAACCUUCAGGAAACUCUGGAACCUUUGAAGAAGAUCCUGAAGCUCAGGAAGAAAGUUCAAGAGGAGUUUAAUCAGACAGCAGAACACGUGAAGGUCCAGGCCCGACACACAGAGAGGCUGAUUAAGGAGCAGUUUAAGAAGCUUCAUCAGUUUCUAGCAGAGGAAGAGGAGGCCAGGCUGGCUGCACUGAGGGAGGAAGAGGAGCAGAAGAGUGGGAUGAUGAAGGAGAAGAUGGAGGCUCUGAGCAGAGAGAUAACAGCUCUUUCAGCCACAGUCAGAGCCACAGAGGAGGAGCUGAGAGCUGAAGACGUCUCCUUCCUGCACAACUACAAGGCUGCAGUGGAAAGAGUCCAGCGCUGCCCCCUGCUGGAUGGUCCACAGCUGCCCUCAGGAGCUCUGAUAGACCAGGCCAAACAUCUGGGCAACCUGGCCUUCAACAUCUGGAGCAACAUGAAGAACAUGGUGUCCUACACUCCUCUCAUCCUGGACCCAAACACUGCUGGUUCAGAACUCUUCUUGUCUGAAGAUCUGACCAGUGUGACUGUAGGAGAGGAACAGAAGCUUCCUGGUAAUCCAGAGAGGUUUGAUUACUGGUGGUCUGUCCUGAGUUCUGAGGGCUUUAACUCAGGGAACCACAGCUGGGAUGUAGAUGUUGGAGACAGUGGAGGCUGGGAACUGGGUGUGAUAGAGUCUGUCCAGAGGAAGGGAAUCAUAGAGUCUGGAUUGUUGGUUAUAUGGUUCAAUGAAGGUAGAUACUCAGCAUGGUCUCCACCAGCUCCUCGCACAGUUCUCUCAGUACAGAAGAAGCUCCAGAGGAUCAGAGUGAAUCUGGACUGGGACAGAGGAAAGCUGUCCUUCUCUGAUCUGGACACUAACACACACAUACACACCUUCACACACACCUUCACUGACAAGAUGUUUCCAUACAUCGCCACAAGGAAUCAAGCAACAAUCUUACCGAUGAAGAUCUCAGUGAGCAAACAGCAGCUCUGAUGUUCUCAGCAUGAAGAACAUAAAGUCCAAAUGAAACCUUAUUGAUCAGAUUGAAGCUCGGUGUUUUAAACAGUAACUGGAGAUGGUUUGAUGUUGGAUACUGGAUUUUGGACUUCUUCAUCAACAGACUUCAGUCUUUAGAGACUACAGGACAUCUUCACUGAUCAACUGUGGCUCCCCACAGGGCUGUGUCCUCAGCUCACUGGGGAUGCAGCAGCAGUGGUGGGGCUCAUCACCAACAGGAAACAGUGGAGAAACUGAGAUAUUUAAGUAAGGAGAACAAUCUCAUCUUUGGCACAGCGAUGGAGAUGGCCACCAGUUUCACAUACCUUGGGGUUCACAUCUCCAGCACUCGACAUGGUGUGGAAACACCUUCAGUGUUAUCAAGAAGGUGAAUAAAAAGCUGUAUCUUCUGAGGAAGCUGAGAAGGGCGGGGCUGGAUUCCAACAUUAGGAAGAGCUUCUCCCCGAGCUUCCUGCAUCACGGUGUGGUGCUGCAGCUGAUCCAGCUUAGCAGCUCUCUGGAACACCUACCAGAGGCGAUGCAGGGAUGGAGCAACCUGCAUGGUGAAAGACCACACCCACCCUGCUCAUAGACUGUCCCCCGUCACUCAGAGCGGAUUCUCCUCAGCAUCCGGGCCAGAACCGGAUGACAAACAGCUUCUUCCCAGAUUCUGAGGCUGUUGAACUGUUGCUUGUGACGGACGGAUGACCUUGUUUCUGUGUGUCAUACAGGUUUCAUUCAGGCUAUUUUUACUGAUUAGCUUUUAUUACUUUCAUGGCAGCUCUGAGACGUGAAUCCAACUCUUUGCUCCUUCAUGGUGCGAAUGUCUGACUGUCUAAAAAGUAAAGACAAUUAUUACUUCUA